CAGUUUGCAAAGCAGGGUAUAAUAUUUGUAUCUUCAUGAUGUUUGCUUUUGCAAACUUUAACUCUCUUAACAGUUAAAAACAGAAGCAAGAAUAAGGUAUUACCACAGAAGACACGUUACACACCCAAUAGUCACCUUAGGACACCUCACUUUUAAGCUCCUUGAAGCAAUUUAAAAUGAACUAGAUAAUCCCACCAAGAAAAAUUACAUUUAUACUCAGCAAGCUUCAGCUUGUGGUGAAAGCAGAAAGUUUCUGUUGAAAGUUCAGUUUGGGGCUCACCUUUUGCCCAGUUUCAACUCACUCUAACUGCUACCGCUAGCGCCAAACAUGCUACACAAGGCUGAUCCUCAACCAUCAAGCACUGAUUUCUGGUAAAAAAAGGAACCGUACAACAUCCCACGCUGUAUUUUCGGGACACCCAGACGAAGAAUUAUCCAGCAUGUCUUCGCUAACAGAAAAGGACAAACCAAUCGUUCAGCUAUUACUGAACACUGGCACUUGCCCACGAUGUAUUUUCAGGUUCUGCCGUGUGGGAUCACAGACACUUUAUAGACAUCCAUACAAGGAUUUGAUGAAGGAUCUGAAAGAAUUCCUGCAAAAUAAUCAACAAAAAGAAGAUACAGCUGGUUUUGGCGUAGUUGAUCCACCAUGUAAGCGAAUCAGACUUGAAUACACAGAAGAGGUGCCUGAUGAUCUGAACCAGAAUGGAGUGCUCAAGCAGAUUCCUUUGGUUAAUGAUGACAAUGCUGCUGUGGAGAACUCAACUGUGGAGGUUUGCAAUGUGUGUUUGGGAAUUCUUCAGGAGUUCUGCGAGGCUGACUUUGUCAAAAGGGUGUGUGAAAAGGUUAAUUCUGCUGACUACCAGUUCACCAGUUUUGUAUUUUCUGUGUCACUACCCCCACAGCUGUCUGUUAGGGAGCGUGCUGCUUGGCUGCUGGUAAAACAGGAAAUGGGAAAACUGGGCCUUUCCUUGGCAAAGGAUGACAUCGUUCAACUGAAAGAAGCUUACAAGUGGAUUAUUCAUCCCCAGUUGUCAGAGAAGUUGGGUGUUCCCGCUGAUGGAAAGAGUUUGUUUGAAGUUAGCGUGGUCUUUGCUCACCCAGAAACAGAUGAGGAGUGCCGUUUCCUAGCCACAGCCUGUCCGGAUUGUUUCAAGCCAGCAAAAAACAAACAGUCUGUUUUCACUAGAAUGGCAGUAAUAAAAGCCUUAGAGAAGAUAAAAGAAGAGGAUUUUCUCAAGCAUUUUCCGUGUCCCCCGUGUUCACCAAAGAACCUCUGUGUUGCACUGGAAAUUCAGUGCAAUAAUGGUGCAGUUUUUGUGGCUGGAAGGUACAAUAAAUAUUCAAGGAAUUUACCUCAGACUCCCUGGAUUAUUGAUGGGGAGCGAAAGCUGGAGUCUUCAGUGGAAGAACUGAUUUCAGAGCAUCUAAUGGCAGAAUUCAAAGCAGACAGCUUUAAUUUUUCUUCCUCUGGAAGAGAAGAUGUGGAUGUACGAACACUAGGCAAUGGAAGGCCCUUUGCCAUCGAGCUUGUGAAUCCUCGUAGAAUACAUUUUACUGCUGAGGAAAUGAAGGAACUUCAGCAGACAAUUAAUAACUCGUCAGACAAAAUACAGGUUCGAGAUUUACAGCUUGUCACCAGAGAGGCAAUUGGUCGUAUGAAGGAAGGUGAAGAGGAAAAAACAAAGACCUAUAGUGCCUUAGUAUGGACAGACAAAGCAAUACAGAAAGAAGAUAUUGCGUUUCUAGAUGAUAUUAAGGAAUUAAAACUUGACCAGAAGACACCUCUCCGGGUUCUUCACAGAAGGCCUCUGGCCGUACGAUGUCGGAUCAUUCACACCAUGAAGUCUGAAUACAUAGAUGAGCAUCACUUUCGCCUGCAUCUGAAGACUCAAGCAGGAACCUACAUUAAAGAAUUUGUGCAUGGAGACUUUGGAAGAACAAAGCCAAAUAUUGGCUCCCUACUGAACAGAACUGCUGACAUUCUGGAGUUGGAUGUAGAAUCUGUUGAUGUUGACUGGCCUCCAGCCCUGGAUAAUUAGCUCUUCAAGCUGGGAUGAGGAAAAAACAGCUCCUAUGUCAUCAGCUGUUUACUGAACACUGUAUGGUAUUACAGCUCGGUUGCGAAGUGUUUUUGUCAGAUGUUUGGAUCAUGUUGAUCCGACAGAGGAUAUUGUUAGUUUGAAUCAACUUCAAACACUCUGGAAUAGGUAGUGUUCAUUUAAUGUCUAGCCCUAUUUUAAUUCUUUCUGUGCAUACAACAAUUUUGGUGAGCUAAUGUAUUGAUAACAAAUCUUUUUUUAAAAAAAAUCCCUUAAGAAAAAUAAACGGUAUACUGCCUGCAAACGGCGUGCUAAGUGAGUACAUUAAAUGUGCUUUAUGCUGUACUGUUUGAAAUGUUUUAAUUAAAAAUCACCCUCCCUAAAGCCAGAUUUUUUUUUAUUUUUUAUUUUUUUGCUGUUUUUAUAUUGGAUGUUGUAGCUUUCUUGUCUGGAUGCAGGUAGCACUGAAUUGCCUGAAAUGCAGUCCUAGCAUUUUCUGAGCCCUGUUCAUGCAGGACUGUUUCACAAGAGGAGACUCUGAAAGCAGUAGGGUAGUGCCUGGAACGAGGUGAUACUCUACCUUGUGCUUGCUGCUUUUUGAUCAAUGUUAGCUUCAGAGACAGACAGAUUGGCCUCCGAGUGCUUUUCAAAUGGAAACACAGUUUGCAGAUAAAAACUUUGCACUUAAAACUGUUUUUCUUAUUGUAAAACAUCAGCGACGCUUCCUAGAAACUACACUUUGAGGUAGUAGUGGCCUCAGCAGCUCUCUGGCCUGGUUACAGUCUUCACGCACAGGAUUUCCCCGUGAGUCACCAAAAGAUAGGGAAUUCCUGGCAAUGCAUGAUGGAAUUCUAGAGAAAAAUAGGGAUACCAGGAACCCCAAAGUGCAAACAAAUAUAAAACGUUCUGAAGAAUGUUGGUGUUAAAAGACCAAGACAGAGAUAAAAUGCCUUGUUUUGCAGUAUGGUUGCAGCAUGCUGCAUUUUUUCUAGUACCUAGCCUUGGAUGGAUACCUGGAUGUUAAUUCGGUUAGGAAGAUGUUUCUGCUUACCUGAAGUACAAAAGAGUUACACUGUCCUCAAGAAAUUAAGGUUUGGAAUUUAAGGGCUCUUCAUUAACGAACAUUUCAGAGAUUGAGGGUAAUUAUUUUCCAGGAAAAAACAGUUUAGGGACAGGGAAGAUGUGUUACACUGAGAUGUGUUACCUUGAAGUCAGCGGUGCCAGGACUUUACAGUAGAGCAGAUGCACAGUAACUUUAGUUGAAGGCUCAGAAAGGCACUAAUGCAUACAAAAUGUAUGGAGCGCCUAAAAAAAAAAAAAAGUGCCUAAAAAAGGAGUGCCUAAAAACUCAUCUUGAAAAAUUAGUCUAAAUAUUGUAUACUCUGUCUGUGAUGAGCUUUUAGAACUUGUCUGUCAUCAUUUGUUCUCCUAGUCCACUGUGACAUGAGUAUAGCAGCAGUUCAGAAGCUCCUGUUUUUCCCAUAAAAAACAGUACGAACCUGAUUCAGACAGCAAGAUUUCUUUGUUUUUAAUCUUAAAGCUGUUAUGAGCAACAGAUUCUAGGAGUAGUUGCCUCAGAUAGUAAUCAGUACCCAGAAAGGAAGUGUCGCGAAAGAUGGAAAACUUAAGAAACUGAAUUCAGAAAACAAACAAAAGAGAAUUUCAGUCUCAUAUCAGUGUGAUUUCUUGACAGAAACUCAAGAGUGAGCUAAAAUGUGAUUUAUAAAUUCCAUAAACUAGAGGGGAAAAAUCUAAGCAAGGCUGCACUAUGGGCAUGACAGACAUUAGAAGAGCUGUCCCAGAGGGCAAAUAGAACUACCAAGGCAGCAGCAGGAAGGACUCCUGCUCCGGUCAUAGUUCAGAGACACUUAAAGGUGCACUCACAUUCAGCUUCCUGCAAUAUGCUGUACAAUGUCAUGGUGCCAGUGGACACCAUGUUAAGAAUCAGAAUGCAGAGAAAUGAGGCUCUAAAGACUAUGCUAAAGGUGCUGAGUCUAAUCGUCUCCAUACAACGGAGUGAGGUCCACCAAAAAUACUUAAAUGGCUUUUUAUGAUAAAUGUGAAAUACACCAGAGGAAGGAAAAAGAAAAAAAAAAAAGUCGCUGAUGCAAAUGUCUGUACAGCUGUUUAGCUAGUCAUUUAUUGUUCGGUUAUCACGUGGCUGUAUGAAAAUGAGCUGUAAUCCGGUCUUUGAACUUUGUUUAAAGUCUGCAGUUUCUAAUAUAAGGUAAACAUUUUGAACGAGCGUAAUCUGUAAGGAAUUUUGCAGCAAUAAUGUUAAUGUUCUACUUUGGCCUUCAUCUUGUUUUUAAAAGUAAAUUACCCACUUGUGAAUACUCAGGAUGUUUUGUGAGAAUAACAAGAGCAAGAUUUAAUUUUGUUCUUGAGGCAUGUGUGUAAGAGGAAGGUAUUUUCUAGCCCGUUACGUGGAAAAUGCUGAAAAACAAGGUCCAAGCAGUGUUCCUUAGCAUCAUCUUUCUUCAUACUGGAAAGAUUUAAAAUGAAACUGUUGUAUUUCUCCAAGCAACUGGGCAUCUAAAAUGUCCCCCUCCAUUUUUUUGUAUCAGCAUCGCCGAGCCUGAAGACAGCGCUUUGCAGGGAAGGCAGUGAGUGCACGCUGUACCUGGUGUACACCUCUAGCUGAGCCUGAGUGCGUCUGUGCUCUGUGCCCAUCUGCCCAACAAGUCAACUGUUGUGCCACAAAAAAAUGCUGAGUGCAAAUGAAUCCUUAAUAUACACAUUGCUUAAGGUUUCACAGCAACCAACAGUAAUUGUGAACGGAACAAAAUAGUCUAAAGAGCCCCAGGAUAAGCAAGCCAAUGCCUAAUUUCUCCGAUUGCUCUGGCCUCCCUAAUGUGAGGGAUGCUGUGAAUCUGAGAAGGCUGCAGAAGCUGAGUCCUUAGUAUAACCAGUUUUUUUAAUUACCAAACCAACUUGUUUACAAAGGAAAACAGAACUUUGAAAAUAUUUAAUUAUACUGUAAAAACAAAUUGUACUAUAAAGAGCAUUCUAUAAAGUAAGGAAAAUGUUUACUUUUAAUAAACUUAAAGUUGAGAACUUC